AUGGCUUCCUCCUAUUCGUAUCCUGAAUUAUUUUUGGCGGGUUUUAUAUUUACCUUGCCCUUCCUUUACGAAAAAAGUGAUGUUUUUCGAUAUUACUUGAAGUUUUUCUUAUAUUAUGUAUAUGUGCUAGUGAUCUGCACCGUUUUAUUACCCGUAGUGCUUCUAUAUCCCCGCGACGUAACUAACUUAGUUGUUGCUUCCAGGUUUUGCCGUUAUGCUUCUUAUAUUGUGGGAAUAGAAUGGGAGUUGAGAGGUCUGGAGCACUGGGACAGCGAGGAGUGCUACAUAGUCAUUUCCAAUCAUCAGAGCUCUCUUGACAUUCUAGGAAUGUUUGAGAUGUGGCCUCGGAUGAAGCGCUGCACAGUGGUUGCCAAGAGACCGCUGAUGUUCACCGGAGCAUUCGGGUUCGGUGCCUGGCUAUCAGGACUGGUGUUUAUUGACCGUCUGAAGACUGACAGAGCUCGUCAGCUCAUGAGGGAAGCUACUGAGCGUGUUAUUCAAGAAAAGACUAAACUCUGGGUAUUCCCAGAAGGUGCAAGAUUCAACAAAGGCAGCAUCCAGCCUUUCAAAAAAGGAGCGUUUUACCUAGCCAUUGAUGCUCAAAUACCAAUCAUGCCUGUUGUAUUCAGCCAGUACUACUUUCUGGACAGUGACACCAAAACUUUUGAACCAGGAAAGGUAGUGAUCACAACUUUGCCGCCUAUACCUACGAAGGGUAUGACCCGUGACGACAUCGAGGUGCUCUCGGAGAUGGCGCGCCAGAAGAUGAUUGAGGUAUUUAACGAGAGCUCCAAAGACCUCGUCAUGCAGAAGAAGAUCGCUAUAUAAUUUAAAGCUCUUAGAAAAGGCUUAUAGAAAUAAGUAGGCUUAGAGUACUCGCUCAGAUAAAAAACCCAUUUAUAAUAUAAGUUUUAACCGAGCUUUGCGACUUAUUUAUAAUAAGAUUUAAGCUUAAUAGGUAUUAAGUUUUAAGCGAGUUUUAAUGUUAUUUAUUAUACGUUUUACCAUACCUCCCAACCAUUCAACUUAUUAUUAUUAAGUAAGAAUACUCAUAUAUGGUUAUGGAGUGAGCAAUCUAAGCCUACUCUAUAGAAAAGGUGAGAGCGGUGUGACACGUAGGGUAAACUGUAAACAGUAUAAUAACUCCAUUAGCCUUUAUUUUAAGCAGUUGCGACGGUACUUCAUAGGGCUAUCAUUGGGUAAACACCCUACAAGAUGGAAAUAAUGUAUUAUCGUUUUCAUUAGAUUAAUUUUAGUAAUUCAGUUUUAUUAAAUUAGUAGUAUUACGUUUUCAAGAGGUCUAAUUCUAGCCAAAGCAUACCAAAGAUUUUUGAGCUGUUUGUUUAUGAAUUUAUUAGUUGUUAAUACUCGUUAGUUAAAUCGGCACUUUUUGUGUGUUAUUAGUUGUUUAGUUGUUUUAAAACAUACAGUAUAUUGUCUAUCUAUUGAUCUCGCAUAAGCCUAUAAAAAAUCUCGAAAAUCGAAGUUCUUUUUUUCUCUCUGUCGCUCUUGCGCAUGUGAGAGAUAAAGAGGGAGAUAGACAAAACUUCGGUUUUACCAGUACCACGCAUUAUUGGCGUGGUAUCAACUGAGAAUGGAACCUUAGUGGUAGGUAACAAGUGUGACUUUAUUGGUGCCAUUUGUUUCUCUGAGGACUGGUGUGGACAAAGCUUAUUAAAGCCUGACCAGUAAUAUAUGAUCAUUUGUCAAGAAGGCGCUGUUAUUCUCAUGUAAGGUGAGAGUUCAUUAUAAUAUGAAAAAAUAGUUCCAGUGAAUCAGUGAUCAUAUAUUCCUGGUCAGGUUUAAUAAAGCUAAAGUAGCGUUGGUAGGAUGUCGCCGUUAGACAAGCCUCAAAGGCGAGUUCCAACGGUAGUGUUAUAGCUAAGUCACUUCACCAAGGCGCAGAAUAAAACAUAUUAUUGUGACGUUAAACGACUACUAUCGUUUAAAUCACUCGCCUUUGUGCAAUGACAUAUCUAUACGUAUUUAUGACUGCGAACUAUUCAAAUAAUAUUAGCCUUUAAGAUUAUUCACUCAAUAUUCUAAGCAAACCGAUGCUUGUAUAUUAUGAUACUUGCAAUAGAACAUGUCGAGCUAUAACUAUCACAAGCUCGUGCUUUACAAGUAACUCCUAGAUUUAAACCUUGCAAGUGCACUGUAAUUUAUACGCGCGAUACGAGCUUGCGAAAUUUAUAUCUCGUUAUUUCCAUAGUACCUUAAUUUUGAACGCUGAAGGGCUACUUAGGCAAGAUUAAUUUCUAAAGCUUACUACAAAAACAUAUAGACGUGCAAGAGUUCAUGGUGACACUAACAUCGAAGAAUUUCACUAAUCAUUCACAGACCUUAUUCAUUUGCAGUUAAGGUUCAUUUCAUAACUAUUAGUAAAGGCUAUUUCACGCCUAAGUGGCCCUUUAGCAGCGCUGUCAGCGCUAAUCAAAGUAAAUGCUGUACCUACAGCUAUAAUAUGUACAGUCGCCAUCAGAUAUAUCGGUGCUCACAAAUAUCUGAGCACACCUCUAUUGUCAAGGCGUUAGAGUGCUUGAUCAGAUAUUGUGAACACCUUGGCCGCUCCGAUAUAUCUGAUGGCGACAGUACAUUGAUGUAAGAAUUAGUGGUACAUAGUAAAGUGAAUUUAAUUAUACAUAGUGCUCUAUCUAUAGGAUAACUAUAAAAGACACAUUUGUGCCGCUUUCAACCAAAAGGGUACUUAGGGUCGGGUGUCAUUAUCGCGCUAUUUCUAUAAAGCUUUUAAUUUGAAAUCAACCGACAAUGUGGUACCUUUCAAUCGAAAACGUAUGAUUUUAUUGGCGAUCAGAUACGCAAAUUAAAAUCUGGUACUACGCGAGUAUCUGAUAGAUACGUUAAUGUAGGAUCUAAUCAAUUUAAUAAUAAAAAUCACAUUAUUAAAGAAAUAAACCCAAGUUUCUGGCUAUUAAAUAUAAGAAACACUUUAGAAUGUACUGAUACGAUAUUAUAUGAGUACUUACCUACUUAAAUGUUAAAUCGGCUAAGCCGGCUAAGUGUCAUAUGGCUGCAAUCGGCUGUGUUUCGGCCAAGGUCUCGUCUUGGCUCGUGAGGUUGUGAGAGAGCGUGUCAGUCAAUAAUAAACGUAAUCCUAAAGAACAGGGUACUUUGAUAUUAAAACUCCCGCACCUCAAGAGAGGUGACCCAUCAGUCCCUGAAUUUAGGUACUAUGUUAAUGUUCUAGAAACUGGUUAACGAAAGUAUUUAUAAAUGUUUAAAAUAAUUAAUAAAAACUGCUAAUCUGCAAAAACAAAACGGUGAUAUAUUUCUGGACUAGAGAAUUGUAAGUGGCGCCAUCUGCAAUAACGACGAAGUUCGCGUCAAACGCUACUUUGUGUUGAGGUAGACUGUCCUGAUUGUUUAACGGCCUCCUAGCCUAGUCGGUAGUGACCCUGCCUACGGAGCAGGAGGUCCCGGGUUCGAAUCCUGGUAAGGGCAUUUAUUUGUGUGUUCAUCACAAAUAUUUGUUCCUGAGUUAUGGAUGUUCUCUAUAUGUACAUAUAAGUAUUUAUAUAUAUGUGUAUAUAUAUAUCGUCGUCUAGUACCCACCACACAAGCCUUAUUGAGCUUACUGUGGGACUAGGUCGAUCUGUGUAAAAUUGUCCAUUGUUGUUGUUGUGUUGUAAUAUAUUUAAUAUUUAAUUUAGGUUAAAUGUCUACAUAAAAUAAAAAAAAUUUCAAAAAUUAAUAUUUUAACUUCAAAUAAAUCUUAAAACCUUAUCAAAAUAUUUAUCAUGGAUUGGCUCUUGGGCUCCACUUUCGUUAGCCAGGGUCUACCUUUGGUUUUAAUAGUUUUUCAAUUUAUUUAUAUUAUGCUUUGACCAGUAUUUUCAUUAUUUACAGUAUUAUGUGAAACAUGUAAGUUUCCUUCACCAAUCCAUACCAUUUGUUUGUUUUAUACUUAAGUUUAAUAAUAAGAGCAUAAUACCGACUUUUUAAGUUUAUUGAUUGGAAAUUUGUGGAUAGAAACCGAUCAAAUAAUCAUGUAUUAAAGGUUACCUUAAAGGCUAUAUUUUUAUCCAGUUCCUAUUAUUGAUUAUUACUUAUUAUUAGUUAUUAUAAGUUUUUCCUUAUGUGUACGAACUAGUCGAUUAUUAAAUAAGGGUCUUUCCUAUUACCUAUUAGCAAUUUGCUUGAACAAAAAUAUUUUGAUAAAAUUAGUUGCAAUAGGCUACUUUCGUACUAGUCAAAACAGCUUUUUUGGAACUGUCAAAACGAUUUGGUAAUAUGGAAUUUAUAUGAAAACGAGUAUAGUGACGUCACGGCCAACUCAUCUACUUUUUAUAUACCUAUCCGAAUUAUUAAAUAGAAAUUGUGUUUAAAAAUAACUGCAUCUGUUUUUCUUAUAAUUAUCUGGUGCUUUAUUUCGUGCACGGUGUAAGACGGAUGCCACAGACCUGGGGGCCUAGUCAAGCUGACAAUGUGACAAUCGUUGAUAGAAAACGACAAUCCAAUCAUAUGUACUUUUCCUAGAAUCUGUUAUGAUACAAUUUUCAUUUGGCGUUUGUCGAUGUACGGUUGUCAUCUUGGCUAGUCCUGCAAGUCUGGUAGGUCUCGGAUUGUCGGAUUGUCGGAUUGGCGAAGCAGGAUGUGCUAGACUCGGACCACGCUAAGUUACAAGUGCUACAUAAAGUUAUGGAGCUGAUAGGGAUAUGUAUGCAAUCUUAGUGCCAAGUUUGUCUAAAGUUAGCGUGGUAAGAUUCUGGGCAUGAUAAUUAAGAACCAGGUUUUCAUAUAAAUAAAUGGCUCUUCCACUUUUUAGUCACUCCAGUCGAAACCUGUAUACUUCCAUUAUUUAUUCUUCUACUUAGUUAACAGUUUUUCGUAUAAGUAACUUUUUUAAAACGUGAUUACACAUCGUCGAUAUAGUGACCAGCAGCGAUUGCUUUUUUUAUGAGAAGAUUGGUGUCGAGGCCGAAAGGGCUGCGUUACCACCGAAGGUGACCGAAGACGAAAGGAAAUCAGAAAAAUCUUGUUAGGUUUAGCUAUAUAUGAACAAGGGGGUAUAUCCAAUAACAUUCUUACUUACUUUGUAAACGCGAAAUCUGAUUUCUUUACCACAGUUAAACUAGUAAACCAUUUUGAAUUAGAUUUAAUUGAAAAUAUCUUGAACUUUGGGAAUAAAUAGGCAUAGGCUGCCUCAGUUUGUUGAUUUCUUCACUUUGUGGAUGUAUACUCGUAAUACCUUAUUAUAAUACGUACUGAUCCCCAGGCGGGAAAAGGCACGGGCAAUGCUAUUGUGAUCAGUUCGUUAAACAUAAACCAUAACGUGACUGUGACUUAAUAUUACUUGUUAAGCUAGCAAAGCAACAGUGCACAUUGCCAAUGCAUACGGUGCCUAACCAAUAGCAUAAGAUACUCAUUUUAGUUAUUUUGGGAAUUACGUCAUAGUAAUGAUUAGUACCGAGAGUGUAGACGAUGGCACAGUCACCUGCAAUAAUAUGUUACUCUAUGAAAGCUGCAAAAAUAUGUGACACUCUCUUAUGACUCUACAAAUAAGAUCGUGUCAAAUAUUGUUGCACGUUGUGUAAUAUGAAAUUGCAGGUGACUGUACAUACUUAUUAAUAAUAUUUUGAAGUUCUAAUCGAACUUGACGGAAAGAUAUGUCAUCCACUUUACUUUCGUAAAGUGGAUGAUUAGUUUACGUAAAAAUAAAUUAUGUAAUAAAUAAAAUACCAAUAAUAUAAGUAGCAAUAAUUUAUUAAAGUGUAUAUAACAAAUAAUAUGACACUACAAUGACUCUUGGGCUAUUUUUCACUUUUGACACUUUAUCGUACGGCUUUUUAGCACGGCCAGCGUCAGUAAGGAAUGUCUGAUUUUAAGAAAAUUAAUACACGUGUUUUAGUGACUUAUAGUUAACUACAAUUUUCAAAUUAAGGUGCAAGUUACCCUAACUUCGGAACUAUCACUAAACUAGAAGCAGUUUGUACGACACGCUUUAAGGCGUCUUUGUAAGUGUCGCUCUUAGAUUUUUGCGAUUUCAGAAAUAAUACCAUAUCCGAAGAUACCCCAAAAUUAAAUGGGACAGUAUACCUACGAGCCAAUAUUGCACUUUUUUUUUACCAGCACCUACUGCACGAAAUGUAAGCCCAAUCGUUUAAUAUACUCUUAUAUGAGACAAGAAAAUCAACAUAGAUUGUGAGUUAUGAGAUACGGUGUAGAUAUUAUAUACUAUUAGUACCGUACAGUGUACAUGCCACAUUUUAUAUAGGUAUACUGUGCAUUCAAGUUUGUCAAUGACAUUACUAAGAAUAAUGUUUCAGUUUCACAUCUUAACAUAGAGUGCUUUUGAAUAUAUACGACAAUACAUUUGUUACUCGUCUUUCCACAAUAUUUAUUACCUCAUCAUUAGUAAUAAGUACGGUCACAGACUUUAAUUCUUGAUCCAUUUAGGGUUCAAGCUAAUUUAGUUGUCAAUACUAAAUGUCCAAUGUAAAGUGAACCCUAAAUGGAUCAGCAAUUAAAGUCCGUGACUGUACCUAAAAGUUCACUAAAAUUUUAUUGUAUCUAUGGGACAAUUCAUAAUUUUCUCCUGAGUAACUUUAGAGUAGGUGAAGCAGGAUUUGAGUCUUAUAUACGUGUAUAUAGCUUGUAUAGAUUUCGAAAUUAUUUUUGCCGUAACGGUACACUCUCGAUUAAACUUUUAAAUGCAAUAGUGUAAGACUUAACGUUAAACAUGAUUCCUUAUUCAAAUUUUAUGAGGAAGUGUCCCGCGAUCAUUGAUAAUAAAUUACAUGCCACUUUCUACUAUCACGAAUUGUUUAUAAAUAAAAAUAUAUAUAAAAGAAACAAUAAUAAAAUAUGUAAUAAAUUACAAUCAUAUGUCUAUCCAUAGUACCUCUUGUGUUUCCACCUUAAUAUUCUAUAAUACAUAUGUACAUUUCAUCUAGGAAACAAAUGAACAGUUCAUUAUGAUUGAUAUAGCUUGUACCAAUUUGUCUCAUAUUCAAUAAAUACUCUACCGAA